ACCAUGGGGACCUGAGGAGGUCACAGGGACCCUCAGGAGCCUUGAGAACAUAAAGGAGCUGUGGGGACAUGUGGGGACAUCUGGAGGCCAUGGGGCCACGUGGAAUCUUUAGGUUUAUGUAGGGACAUGUGGGAGCUGUAGGGACGUGUGGAAAUUAUGGGACCAUGCAGGGACCUGUGGAAGCCGUGGGGACUUGUGGAAGCCAUGGGGACACAGAGGGACCUGAAAAAGCUGUAGGGAUAUGUGGGAGCCAUGGAAACAUCUGGGGACUGUAAAGGAACCCAGAGACCUGUGGAAAACAUGGGGACAUGCGGGAGUCAUGGAAACCUGUGGGGACUGUGGGGACACCCAGGGAGCUGUGGGGACACCGGGGACUGUAGGAAUAUGUGGAAGCCAUGGUGACACACAGAGACCGGUGGAAACUAUGGGGAGCCGCAGGAACUCAGAGCCGUGAGGGGCCUGCCCGGCGCUUCCCGGUGGCGGCGGUGGAGGCGAUCCUGAGGGAUGUGGUGGGGAGCGCCCUGAGGGAGCGGCGCUACGAGCCGGGGCCGUGCCGGGAGGCGGCCAAGGACAUCGCCGAGGCCGUUAAGGCGCGGGUCAAAGCGCUGGCGGUGCCCAGGUACAAGGUCGUGGUGGUGGCACACGUUGGGCAGCUGGGCGGGCAGAGCCUGCAGAUCAGCAGCAGGUGCCUCUGGGACCCCGACAGCGACACGUUCUCCUCCUAUGUGUUCAAGAACACCUCGCUGUUUGCUGUGGCAAAUGUCUAUGGUGUGUAUUUUGAAUAGGGAGGUAGUUGAGUUUAACAGCAGGAGAAUUUAAUAUUCAGCCUAACUCUUCCUGGCUCUGUUGUUGAAAAUAUCUGUGAAGGACCGAGGUACUGUCACCUGCUUUGAAGUGUGAGCCUUUGGGUGAGUGGAAGAAGGGUCUUUCCCAGAGUUUUCUCUGGGAAGUGGCUUACUAUGACAUAGUUUGGCAGCUGAUUGCUGCUUGCAGAACUUGCUCUGUAGGGGAAAUAUUUUCAGAAUAUUGCCUGGAAGUAAUGUUUUCCCUGUUCUCCUCCAGAAGUAUUUGGAUUAGGGAAUAAACCAUGGGUUUUGCCUGCCCACUUUUGGGGCUGGUACUGAUUGUCCUAAGUCUCUCCUGGUGCAGCCAUUUCCCACCAAAGUGGGGUCUGGCUCACCUUGCUCUGAAUCUGAAACCAGGCUUUUUGCUACCCCUAUUUCCCAGCUGAAACCUGCUGUUAGGAUUUCUUGAGUCAGAGAACAAACCUAUCACAAGCUGCUUAUUUUAUUACAUUUUAGGUGCAAAGCUGAAACCAGAACAGUAGUUAGUUGGGAAGAAAUACUUAAUGUGCUCAUGACUAAAAGUUUAACCCACUGUAAACACUGUGAAAUGCAGACAACCUGAAACCACUUUCUGGUGCACUGUGACGUUUAACACCCAAAAGCUGCAAUUAAAGAACACAGCUGGAAGGAC